AUGGAAGAAAAUGAUGAAGACUAUGAGCCUGAUGAAGAUGAUGAUCCAAGAAUUAAGAAAGGUCCAAACAUUCCAUUUGACCCUAAAGUUAUGGCAAGUGACCCACAAGCUAUGCUGAAACUUGCAAAGAAAGGCAAACCUUUAAUGAUGUUUGUUAAUGUUGCUGGAAAUCCUACACAAAAAGAAACAGAAACAAUAUCUGGAUUAUGGCAGCAGGGUUUACAUAAUGCACAAUUUCAACUUACUAGGUAUGUAAUUGCACAAAACCGUGUAUUGCUGCACAUUGAAGAUGGUAGCCAAGCUUAUGACAUUAAAGACUUUCUAAUAAAACAGAAACAAUGUGCUAAAGUAGAAUUUGAUAAUCAAGAAUUUGUAGGAGCUGGUGCUGUUAAAGAAAAGAGCAAAAGUGAAUUAUGA